UGAAACAGAAAGAGAACUCUCUUUGUAGACGGAAAGAAAAUGGCGGACGAUCAGGAACAUUUUAGCUGUCCUAUGUGUUUGGAGCUACUAAAAGAUCCUGUGACGACUGCCUGUGGUCAUACCUACUGUAUGAGCUGUAUCAAUACCUUUUGGGAUCAAGACAAUGAGAUUAAUUCUAAGUACUGCUGUCCCCUGUGUAGACAGACUUUCACUUUAAGACCUGUUCUCAAGAAAAAUACCCUGCUGGCUGAAAUGGUGGAAAAACUGAGGAACACAACGUUCAAAGAUAUGACUCUUGAUUUUAAUAAGGCUGAACAUGGCGAUGUGGAGUGUGACAUCUGCGCUGGGGAAAAACGCAAAGCUGUUAAAUCAUGUCUGGUGUGUUUGGUUUCUUACUGUGAACCUCACUUCCAGCCCCACUUGGAGUUGCCUAUCCUCAGGAAACAUAGGAUGAUUAAUGCCCACAAAAAACUAGAUCAGAAGAUCUGCCCUCACCACGACAAACUGCUGGAGGUCUACUGUCGUACUGACCAGCAAUGCAUCUGUUUUCUGUGUGCUAUGGAUGAACAUAAAGACCACGAGACAGUCUCAGCUGCAGCAGAAAGAACAGAGAAACAAAUGCAGCUAAGUGAGACCCAGCAGAAAGUCCUGCUAAGAAGAUUGGAGAUAAGUGUGGAGAUACAAAAGCUAAGAGAGGCAGGAGACUCCAUCACAUUCUCUGUAUGCACCUGACAGAACUCUGCAUGGACAGCAGUAGAUGACUUUGACAGGGCCUGUGACGAGCACAUCCGUGUGUGUGUUCGCUCCGUGGAAAGAAGACGUUCAGAGGUGAAGGAGCUCGUCAGAGCCCAGCAGGGGGCAGCAUUAGUGAAU